AAGAAAGACAUUUACAAAAUCUUUACUUUGUUUGCAGACAUCUUUAAAUGGCAUCAACUGGAUUUGUUUAAGACUCUGGAUUUGCUAAUGUUUAAAGAAAGAGUAUAAGGGGUCUAAAUCACAGCAGAGCAAGCUAGGAUUGUGUGCUACUCAGGAAUCGAUUCAGUCUAGAUUAAAAACCAAUUUAUAUGAUUAGAUGAGACGGUUUAGCCAUCAGCCAACAUGGACGCAUUGAGAGGGCUUGGCCGACAACUCAGCCUAUCUAAGAACCCAGAAGCAGAAAAGGAACGACCUGAAGUUGCACGUCGUAAAAGCUUCUCGGAAGAGACUUCAAAUUUCUUCAGUUCGGUAGUUGAUAAGAAAAAUGGACUAUUUGGUGGGAUAUCUAACACUAUAAAUGACAUAACUUCUAAAGUACCAGGACGGAAAUCUGCGCCUCAGUCUCCCGUCCACCAGGGGGGAGAUGGGCAUGAUGGUGUCCCAAGGGCACCGAGUGAACCGGACAUGAAAAGCCCUGCUGAGGGGGAGAAUGAACAGUAUAGUAUGAAGGGGAAAAGCCAAUCAGUUGAUAUGGGAAGUAUUGGUGAUCAUUAUGGAAAGAAUUACACCAAUAGCAGGACAAAUAAGGAAACUGUAAAUACUGAUGAGCUAUCUAAACUGACCAAUCAAAUUGUAGAACAGUUCGGUAGUUUUGGCACAGAUGCAACUGAGGAAGCAAAUCCAGCAGAUCGUGCUGCCCUCUUUAAGAAGGCAGGUGAUCCAGAGCCUGUAUCGGAGGCAAAUGUUAAGCACCCAAGAGGGAGUCAAUCCACGGAACCUGUGCCUGUACCUGUAUACUCUGACCCCAGCGCCCCCCAAGGGUACCCACCCCCUAGUCAACCACAGAUGGGGUACCAACAGCCCACCAUCCCACCAGCAUCACAGCAGUCAUAUGGCCCAUCACAGCGCAAAUCUUAUAACCCCUUUGCUAACGAUCCACUUCCACCAGAGCCAGCCAAGCCACCCAGGGUCUCUACAAACCCCUUUGUACAGCGUAAACGACAAAACAGUAAUCCCUUUAUAGACCAAGAUGAAGAUGAACCACCCAAGACCCCUCCCCCACGACCUCCUCUCCCCAAACAGCUCUCUGCUGGCUAUAUAGAUGUCUCUAAACUAGAGGAUAUUAUGUCCCAACCAAAGCAACCCACCGCCAAUAGAGAAUCAAAGGCCCCACCUCCAUUAAAAAAACGAGACUCCUUAAUAGACAUUUCACCCAUUGAUGAGACUAAAACUGCAGAAAAAACACUAGUCAAAGAAGGUACGGAUUUACUCACUGCAGAUAACCAGGAAAUAUUCAGCGAAAACCAAAAUAAAUAUGGCGUGCACCAUCAAGCAGAUGUUCACCAUGAUUUAAACGGCAAAAAACAGCGAUCACCUCCACACUCAAAUUUGAUGGAUUUCCCAACAGGGGGUGGGAGUGUUGAGUAUAAUACUUACGACGGUUCUUCCGAUGGGUCAUCAGAGUUUGGCGGAGAUGACCCGCGUGAUCGUGCCGAUUCUAUAGACUCUCAGUCAUCGUUCAGUGAGGAGAUUUUCAUGGAUGAACAGUCUAAGGAGAUUGCUGGAUACAUGAAACUCUUCGUGGAUAAAAUGUUUGAUGCAAAUGCCACUUUGAAUAUCACACAGACUGAGAAGGCAAAGUUUGGGGAGCUGUGCCGGACCCCCCAGGGCAGGAUGUGGUUUUCCAGGCAUGUCAAUGCACAGCGAGCUUGCAACAAGAAAGUGACAGAAUCGACAUUCUACCAGAUGGUUCAGUACUUUGCCAUUGUCUUGUUUGAAUGCAAUGAGAGUGAUGACUAUACCCCAGCUAAAACACUCAUGAACAUGUGUUUUACAUUCUACAUGGAAUUACCCCAAGUGAGUGGACCUCUACAGAAGCACUACCUAUACAGUUACAUGAGAGAACAGCCUGUGUGGCAAUCCCUAAGGUUCUGGAACGCUGCAUUCUUUGAUGCUGUGCAACAGGAAAGGAUGCAAAAGCCAGUCUGCACAAGUGAAGAUGAGUUGGAGGCAAAACAAGGAGAUAAAGAAUUCUCAGAAAACAUAACAUUUGGCCAACUGGGGACAUUUACCUGUAACAUGAGGGCUCUUGGACUGAGUAAGGAGCUGUGUCUAGGAUUCCUUAGAAAGCAAGCAGAGAUAGCUAACCUCAGUAAAGAACAAAUUCAGAUGCUUCGAGACAAUGUAGAAAAGAGAAAGUAUUAACACCAAAUAGAUGAUCUACAUUAAUAUGUUGACAUAGCAACUGGAACCAUGACAAAGAUAAUGUUACCAUAGAGACAGAAAACAACCCAGUCACACAGAUAAAUAGUGGUCUGGUAAUUUGUAUGAAAACUUAGUUAAACAUGAAAUGCCAUAAAGCUGGAGCUUUAGUAUAUAGGAUUAGAUGCAAAUAGCAAAAUUAAAUUAGACAUUGUUAUUAUGUAUCAUUGCAUGGAGAGCCUAUAUAAUCCACAAUUAGUGAAUCAAAGUGGAGUGCAAUGAAAUUCACUGUAGACUAUGCAUUGGAGUAUUGCAAUGGAAAUACUUUGCCUCUUGUAAUAUGAGGCUCAGUAGAUGGUGAAAUGAUUAAGAGAGUAAAAUAGACCCAUAUUUGAAACAUGCUGCACAUAAAUGCCCAUAUAAGGAAAUAAAUGAAGGAAAUGAGUGAAGGAAACACAAUGAAACAAAACAAAUGAACACAGGAGAUAUGAGAAAUUAGUCUGGAGGAUAUGGAGAAUAUUCCCAGGGAUAUGGGGAAUACCCUAUUCCAUCAUGAUGUAGGAUAUGGGUAAUUUUUCCAGUGAUAUGGGAAUACCAUAUUUCAUGGUAGAUUAUUCCUAGGGAUAUUUUGAAUAUUAUUCACUGUCUGUACGUAUUUACAAAUAUUUGUAAAUAAUUAGAUUAAUGAAUUGAAUGGAGUGUGCAUAGUUUUAGUAUGAGGUAUGUGUCAAGUAUGCUUCAGCAUUCUCAUAUAAUGAUAGAUCUUAUCAUCAAGAGCAAUCUACAAGCUAAGGAUAAGUUGCAAGAUUGUAUAGUUAUAUCAUUGCAACAAGUUGUAGUAGAUAAGUCAAUAUGUAGUUGAAAACGUAUUCAUGGUGUAUAUGGGUGCAAAGAUUGCCCCAAGUGCUGUACGUAUGAUUGAAGAAAUUCAUAGUGUUAUAGAACUAAUGUGCAAUAUAUAGUGUAAAAUAGUAAUAUUUACUGUCAUGAUCCUGACAUAUUUGUUUAAAGCAGUGUAGAUAUUUGUGCAAUAUAUGCUGUAAUAUAGGACUAUAGUCACUUUACACUGUCAGCCUAUACACUUGUUAGGCAGCUAGCGUAUACUUUUGUGCAAUGUACCAUUAUAUCAAUGUUAUAAAUAGACUGAAUGUUGGAUAUUGUACAUAAUGCAGUUCUGUAGAUGGCUGUUCACCAUAAGGUAUUUGCUGU